AUGGGGUUCAUGAAGCGCUUCGGUCGCAAAAAGACUCCCAAGAACAAAGAGCUGCGCGCGCGCGACGACUUCGCGUACCAGGCAUACCACGGCCCCGACCAGACGCAGCGGCUGCCCGAUAAGAUUCUGCGGCAGAUUUUCGAGGAGGUAUGUCCGCAUGCGAGCGACGAAUCCCUCGAGCCGAGCGAGGACUCCGGGCACGAUGGCUGCAUGAAUUGCGACAUGCGGGAUCUGGCACACUGCGCCCUCACCAAGCGGCAAUGGUACGGCGUAGCGGCAGGACUACUAUACAAGAGUAUCCGACUCGACGCCGUGCACUACUGCGAGCUCGAGGAAGUAUACGCCGAGGAGCGUAGACGCAAGUCGCGUGGCGGCGACAUGGACCCUCCAACUGUGCGGCUACAGCAACUAUGCCGGACGGUGCGCGAGAACCACCACAUUGGCUCCCGCGUGCGCUACCUGAAGCUCCCAUACAUGACCCGCGAGUCCUGCAAGGCUGAUCUCGCGCGAACCGUCUCUGUAUGCCCAAACCUUGAGCACAUCGAUUUGCCGGACGGCUUCUUUACAGGUGACCCGACCUGCCACACACUUAGGGAAGAACUACAAGCGCGAUGUCCAAACAUUCGCAAAAUGAAGUACAACGGAGGCAGCGAGCAGGCCUUAGAGUCCUUAUUACACGGAUACUGGCAACAACUGCGCGUUGUUGAGAUCAACAAAGUCCAAAUAGACCCAACGCUACUACGUCGUAUUCUAGGCUCGCUCCCAUGGCUGAGCGAAGUCAGCUUCUCCGGCAUUCCUCAGAUGAACGACAGUUUCUUCCACACCGUCCCCGGCGUUCCCGACUUUCCCGCCCUGGACACUGUCUCCUUCCACAAAAUAGACGGCAUAACCGGCGAAGGCCUUGCACAAUACCUCUCCAACCCCCUCUGCCGCGACACCCUCCGGACGUUGAAGCUCCGCAGCUGCGCCAACCUCCCCGUAGCCGCCCUCCACGUCGUCCUCUCCGCAGCCCCCAACCUCAUCAACCUCGAGUACUCCGCGACCGUCGCCGCGCCCCUCCCCAUCGACCCACUGCCCCCCAUGGCCUCGCGCUCCCUCCGCAAACUAAACUUCGAAGUCAUCGCCGCCACCGCAACCCAGAUGUACUCCCCUGCCACCUCGCACUACCAGUACCUCACCAAUAGCCUCAUGUCCAACGCGCUCCCGUCCCUCCGCCAGCUCUACGUCCGCGACCCAGACUUCCCCGAGACGCUGACCCUCGCGCCCCCGCUGCGCCCCUUCGCCGACGCCUCGCCCCAGCGCGGCUUCUCUCAGCCCCUCGAGGUCUUCUCAAAGGGCCUCGACGAGCUCGACUGGAUCUUCACGUCCAUCAUGCCCGCGGAUGCGUACGGGCGGCGCGGCUCGAUGAGCGGAGGUCGCCCGCUGAGCAGCUACUCGGCGAGCAAGGGCCUGGGGCCGCAGUGGGGCGGCGACGCGCGCAAAAGCGUCGUUGUGCCGAACGGGUUCGGCGGGUUCCUCGCUGUGCCGGCGGACGGCGGCGACGGGCGGCCUCGCAGCGCGGGAAAUCUGUCGCCGUCCGGGGGGUUCGGACACGGGCACUCGCAGUCGCUGGGGGGCAAUGGGCCUGCAUUCCGCGGGAGCUUCAUAGGACAUCAGAAGAGGUCUUCGCGGGCGGAUUUGUGGCGCUGA